UGUCAUAUUAGCUCUAUGGUUUCUCUUUCCUUCAACAAACAAGCAUUCCACCCAUUUUCAUUGAAUUUGAUAUCGUUUGCUUAUAAUAUUUCAAAGAAAUGUCUUCUAAAAGUGAAAAAGAUCGAGCCAAACAGAUCCAGGACAGAUGUCAGAACAUACUGAUGCAAAUGCUGAAGGAUGAAGACAAUAAAUAUUGUGUUGACUGCGAUGCUAAAGGACCUCGUUGGGCGUCAUGGAACUUGGGCAUAUUUCUGUGCAUCAGGUGCGCCGGCAUCCAUCGCAACCUCGGCGUGCACAUCUCCAAAGUGAAGAGCGUCAACCUCGACUCAUGGACACCUGAACAAGUUGUAUCUCUCCAACAAAUGGGCAACUCCCGAGCGCGCGCAGUAUACGAGGCGAACCUGCCCGACUCCUUCCGAAGGCCACAGAACGACUCCUCGCUAGAAGCCUUCAUCAGAGCCAAGUAUGAACAGAAGAAAUACAUCGCCAAGGAGUGGGUGCCACCUGCGCUGCCUAAGGUUAACUGGGACAAAGAGAUUGAUGAAGAAAUAGAGAGGCAAAAACGAAAAAAGAAAUCCACCACCUCGGGCUUAGGACCUCUCCCUGCACCCUCUACUAGUGAUAAGAAAUAUAAUAAGUCUGACGUCAUUCCCAGCAUCCCGAAACCAAAAUCGUCAGUAAGUCCAAAACUGGGCCGGUCUACGCCACCUACUGCUCAAUCAGAUGCGAGCAAAGCUUCCAAUGGGGCAGCGGAUCUUCUAGGACUGGACACUGGCUCCAAACCUGACGCAAAACCAGCCAACGAUGACAUAUUCUCAAGCUUCUUCUCAGCACCUCAGGAGAAACCAGCGGAGACAAAACCAGAAGAUCUAAAACCUGAUCUGAAGACUGAAGAAGAGAACUUCUUCAAGCAGGCAGCACCAACGGAGAAGGAGAAGUCAAAGUUAACAAAGGACAGUAUAUUAGCCUUAUACAGUCAGACUCCAUCAACUAAUUUAGUGAACCAAUUCAACCCGGUACCACCAGUACAACCGGUGCAACCUGCCUACCCAGCGUUCGGCAACGUGUAUCAAGCCGGUUACAGCAACAUGCCUGUACAAAACGGUAUGCCUGCACAAUUCAACCAAUUUCCAAUGAACAGUCAGUUUCAGCAACCAUUCCCCGGACAGGUACAGCAACCGUUGCAGAAUCAGCCGUUUCAAAGUAAUCAGUCAUUUCAAAGUAAUCAGUUUUUCAACCAGCCUCAGCAAGGUUUGUCGCAACAGUUUAACAGUUUGAACUUAGGGCAAAGUUUUCCGAACGCGUUCGCGUCGAACAACACGAACGUUGCUAGCAACACCACUUGGCAGUAGACUGUAAUGUAGUAUCUUUUUUUUUUUAUUUACCGCAGAUGUAUUUUUGUAUGUAAAAAGCUGAUACAGUCAUGUAGUGAGAUUUGUAAAUUUAAUUUUUUAUAGUUAUUGCCAGAAUUUUUGUUUUCUCAUUUUGGAACUGUGAUGCCAUAGAUAUUACCUCAAUUUUGUUCUAGGUUUCUGACAAUAGUUUUUAACUGCCAAACUAUAGCUGGGACGCAUUCAAGUUUGUCCCCCAUAUCAAUGUGUUCAAAUAUUUGAAAUUAUUUGUCACUAACAUUAUCGCGUUAAUUCUGAAUGCUACUAAAUGCAAAACACCCAAUAAUAUUUUAUCCAACUAAUCAGUCAAUUGAAAUCACUACAUGACAAAAGCUAUAUACAUCUGCGCAGGAGUUUAAAGCAUGUAGAUAUGCGAAUAGAGGGCAUUUUGGCUCGGUCGGCUUAUUAAACAGUUUGUUCCUAUAUAUAAUGCUCAUUGUAAAGAGCUACAUUUGGCGCUGUGCGGUCGUUAAGAAGUCGUAAAGAGGUCUAUCGUUUUUGUCACUAGAUGGCGCUUUUGAAAAUUAUGGUCUUAUACGUCCAAGAUAGGUGUUAAAAUAUCAACUGUCCAACAGCUUACUCGUAUCUGUUUAAAGAGGCAUCUCGACUAUAGGUUCAAGAUACGUUGGGGACUCAUUAUUAAUAGCAGCUUUGUGCAACAUAACAUAAUUAUUGUAAGCAUUUAAUAUGUCUCACGAUAAAUAGUCUUUUGGAUAAAAGACCUUGUUUUUCUUAGCGUCCAGGCAUACUCGAUAGACCUCUUCACAACUUUGAGCCUUAUAAUUAAAGAACAUAACGACGAAAUUCCACUGUACGCGAUCGCAUAUAGGUACUUAUACUUUUUCAAUAAAAUGCUAUUUUAUUUUUUUAUUCUUAUUAUUGUAAAGUGGAAUGUUCAUUGUGAAAUUAUGUUAUUGAAGUAUUGUAAAUUUAAUUAUUAUUGUUAUUGGUUUUUAUUAUUUUGUUAGGCUGCACCGCGCCUAUUGUGCAGCUGAUGUAGCUUGGGGGCUUUGGAAUAAGUGGAGACCACUUUAUAAAGAAGAUAAAGCAGAAAGAUACGAUAUUUAGACAGUAUUUUGCUGAAAAAUCAACCUUAUUUCGUGUACAGAGAAGUCAUAUUUAAAAAGCAAGGCUUUAAUUGGUGGUUUAUCAAUGUGAACAACCUUGUUUUUGCAGUGUCAAACUAGACACUGACCCAUUUUUCUAAAACUCUUCACUUAUUCUGAAGUUACAGUUAUCUCUUGUAAAUUAACCUUAUUUCCCAAGGCAUAGAAUUCAAAAUGCAUUACAUAGUGUUCAUUUUUCCAUAUAUUUCAAGCUGUGUUUAAAUAUUUGGGGUAAUUGAAAUUAGACCUUAUUCGAAUAGGUCGUAGAGCACAAUGUAAUCUAAAUACUAAUUGUAUGUUUAAUUUACAAUAAUUUCUAAGUAUUUUAGGAGGUAGCGGAAUUAAUAAAUUAAUACUGAAAUCUCCUGAAUGUACACACAGCAUGAAAUAUCAACGUUUACUUGUAAUAUUGCUAUUUUUAAAACCAUUUUUAAGGGAAAAUCGACAAUUUUGCAGAUAAGGGUUUAUUUAUUAGAACCCCAAGCUAAUAAUUUCGACCUAUUUCGAUGUUGGACAGUGAAAAACGUGUAUUUAAUCCAUCAAUCAGGUAAAGAAAACAUUAGGCACGUAUUUUUGUUUGUAAAACUAAUAUAAAAAAGCAUAUUGAAGUUAUGGAGGCUUGCUACGUCAUAACUGUGUUUACUAACGUGUGACGUCAUGUGAUAUUUUGACUCAAAUGUAUCGUCGUAGAAAAAUACGUGUCUAAUAUUUUUAAACCUCAUUCAAAAUAAAGAAAAUAUUAUUUUUUACGUAGCCAUUCAUCUUA